AUGUCCUCCUCCGUCUACGCAGGGCAGUCAACGAGGACGAUACGCAUUCAGGAAAUAUGGUGAACGUGGCGUCCGUGCUGCGGAACCACUGGGUCAAUGUCCUGGUGCCCCUCGGCUUUGUGAUUGGAGUCUAUUUGGACCGAAAGAAUGACGAGAAACUCACCGCUUUCAGGAACAAGAGCAAGCUGUACAGCAGGGAGCUGAAACCAGGAGAAGAGUUUACCUGGAAGUGAUACAUCUGGCCCAAUACAAUAUUUCACUUAACACAGCAGCCACCACCAAUAUUUUGCUAUGUUUCCUACUGUGUGAAAAUGUUUUCCAUUUCCUUAUAAGUCUCAUCAAUGUAAAAUAAUAAAUGCAAAAA